CAAUGAGGAUCUUGUCUCAGACCGACCAACAUAAGGGUUCUUGUCAAGGCUAUCGCGCUAUGUCUCCGCCGAUUUGGUUUCAACUUACACCAGCGCUUUAAUUUGUUCGUGUUAUCCAGAUUCCACUGUACAUUAUAUGUGUCUUUAGCAACUGGUGGUACAAUUGAAACCAGUUGUGCCUUCCUUAGAUGAUCCAUUGUCUACUGACAAUCCACCGGAAAGGGUAUUUACGCGUUAGAACGCAAGAACAAUCUUACCGCCAUGGAGUACACAGCCUCACCGAAGCCGCAGCUCUCCUCUCGGGCAAAUGCGUUCUCCAUAGCCGCUUUAAUGUCCAGCGGGAAAACUAAAGACAAGGAAGCGGAGGAAAACACAAUCAAACCACUGGAACAAUUUGUGGAGAAGUCCUCUUGCAACCAGAGCUUGGGGGAUAUGCCCUCCCUGGAGUCUCACGGCGAGUUCAACAGCCCGGCUCCGGCGGUGUGCACCGAACCCCUCAUUCCCACCACUCCCGGUGUGCCGAGUGAGGAGAUGGCCAAAAUUUCCUGCAGCCUGGAAACCAAAGAGCUCUGGGAUAAAUUUCAUGACCUCGGUACGGAAAUGAUCAUCACCAAAUCUGGAAGAAGAAUGUUUCCAACUAUCCGCGUGUCUUUUUCUGGAGUCGACCCUGACGCCAAAUACAUUGUGUUGAUGGACAUUGUUCCAGUGGACAACAAGAGAUAUCGCUAUGCCUACCACCGGUCAUCGUGGCUCGUGGCCGGGAAAGCUGACCCCCCCUUGCCAGCAAGGUUGUAUGUCCAUCCAGACUCUCCUUUUACUGGGGAACAGUUACUGAAACAGAUGGUAUCCUUCGAAAAAGUCAAACUCACCAAUAACGAACUGGACCAACACGGACAUAUUAUUCUGAACUCCAUGCACAAGUACCAGCCGAGGGUCCACAUCAUCAAGAAGAAGGACCACACCGCCUCAUUGCUCAAUCUCAAGUCCGAGGAGUUCCGCACCUUCAUCUUCACAGAGACAGUCUUCACGGCCGUCACCGCCUACCAGAACCAGCUGAUAACCAAGCUAAAGAUUGACAGCAACCCGUUUGCCAAAGGCUUCCGAGACUCCUCCAGACUCACGGACAUUGAGAGAUGCAGGGAAAGUGUUGAGAAUUUGAUCCAUAAGCACUCAUACGCCCGGUCACCCAUCAGGACAUACGCAGGCGAGGAGGAGGGCAUCGGCGAGGACGGACUCUCCGCACAUGGCAGGGGCUCAGCCUUCACUGCCUCAGACAACCUCUCUCUGAGCUCCUGGGUCACCACCACCUCGGGCUUCUCCGGCUUCCAGCACCCCCAGUCCCUCUCGGCCAUCAGCUCCAGCACGGCCUCCCUGGGCAGCCCCCUGCCCCACCCCAUCCAGGGCUCCCUACCCCCCUACAGCCGCCUGGGGGUGCCCCUCACGCCCUCGGCCCUGGCCGGCUCCAUGCAGGGCAGUGGGCCCACCUUCCCCUCCUUCCACAUGCCCCGCUACCACCACUACUUCCAGCAGGGCCCGUACGCCGCCAUCCAGGGACUGCGACACUCCUCCACCGUCAUGACGCCGUUCGUAUGACUGCCGUGAUUGGCAGAGGGGAUUGAUGGGAUUGCUGAUGCGUGUGGCCCUGUGAUCUUCUCUCUUUAGAUCUCGUGUGUACUCUCCGGUGCAUAAUCGUUGGUGUGUACACACACACACACACACACACACACACACACACACACACACACACAUACAA